AUGGCAUCACUGACCCCCAGCCCCAAGGCGCACAUACACACCAAGUCGGACCCCCCCAAUCUCGCCGUUUUCCCCAAAUUUUCGCACAUCCAUGGGAAGAUGAUCCCGCGCCGGGAGCAGGACGGGGCCGAGCCGCCCGGGCAGGACGCGGCGCUGGCCGCAGCGGCGGAGCGAGCGGAGCGCGUUGGCGCCGUGUUCCUGCUGCUGCUGCGGAAGCUGGAAGAAGCCAGGGACCAGCAAUCGCCCGGGGCGGCCACUGUGGGGCCCGGGUUGCGGCGGGUGCUGGGACACGCGUUCAUCUUCGCCGUCACGCACAAGGAGCAGAGGCCCUGGAGCACGGCCGGGAGCCGGGAGGUGUCUCAGGAGCUGCUGGAGAGGCUGGUCCGCGCUGCGGGAUGCGGCUCCGUGGAGGAAUUCCUGCGGGGAAAGGAGGGGGAUGAGGAAGGAAGAUUCGGAGCGGUGAUGGGGAUCCUGAAGCAGCAGUUGACCAAGGACACCUGGAAGCGGAAUCCCGCCUCCAAGCACGUGUUCUCCUGGUCGCUGCUGCGCGUCCGCCGGCCCUGGCUGUGCCCGCACCUGGAGCGGGUCCUGCCGCCCGCGCUGCUCCUCUCCGAUGACUUCCAGGAGGAGAACAAAGUGCUGGGCGUGCGCUGCCUGCACCACAUCGUGCUCAACGUGCCAGGAGCGGAUCUGUGCCAGUUCAACAGGGCCCAGGUGCUGUUCCACGCCCUCUACAACCACCUCUACUCACGGGAGCCUGCUCUCAUCCAGGCGGUGCUGCUGUGCCUGCUGGACCUGCUGCCCGUGCUGGAGCGAUGCCAGAGGCACCAGGGCCAGGCCAGGGCCACCUCCCACUGGGACCAGGUGCUGCAGCUGCUGCUGAGCCACAUGGAGGCUGAGCACGGGCUGGCACUGCGCAGGGUGUACGCAGGGACCCUGCCUGCCUUCGUCAGCAGACUCGGCAUCCUCAUCGUGAGGCACCUGAAGAGGCUGGAACGAGUCAUCGUGGGCUACCUGGAGGUCUCUGAUGGCCCCAAGGAAGAGGCCAGGCUGGCAAUCCUGGAGACUCUGCAGUGCACCAUAGAGCAUGCCUGGCCCAGGGUGCCCUGCAGGCUCCCAGUGCUGCUCAAGGCCCUGCUGAGGCUGCUCUGGGACGUUCACACAGAGAGGGGCCCCACCCCAGAGGCUGUCAGAGCUGCCCUGCUGCACAGGGCCACCCAGUGCCUCAUCCUGCUGGACCACUGCUGCCAGGGCCAGGUGAAGGAGCUGCUGCAGGGGGUGCACAGCAGCUGUGAGGAGAACAGGGUGCGGGAGUGCCUCAGGAAGGUGCAGGAGAGCACCUGAGCUGCCUGAUCUGCUCAGCCCUUUUUGCACAAUAAAAUUGGUGUUUAUUGAAGAGUUCUGUCGUUCUUGUCCCACCUGUGAGCCCUGC